AGAAUUUCAUCUCGCUGUGGAGAACGAUUAACGUUCGCUCGGACCGUCCUGCGCCUCCAUUACGCUCCGAUUAGAUUUAGAUAAAGAAAGCUCAAUUACAGACGCGUAAAACAUUUCAUAUUCAGUCAGAUGCAUCCUUCGUAACAUUUUCUCAACAUAACCUUCAAGCCUUCGACCCUUCAUUCCCUAAAAGCUUCAAGCGUGAGAUUAUCUUUGGUUAGGCAAUAACACGACUUUUCUAUCACGGCUCUUUCACGGUUGAUAGAACGCGCGGAAGAAUGCCGGCGCCAAAUUCCAUCAGCGUAGCCGUAAUAUGUUCCAGUAACAUGAACAGGAGCAUGGAGGCGCACGCUUUUCUGAGCAAAAAGGGAUUUAAUGUAAAAUCAUUUGGAACUGGCGACAAGGUCAAACUACCCGGUACCGCCCCAGAUCGCCCUAACAUCUAUGACUUUGGAACUUCAUACGAUGAGAUUUACAAUGAUCUAUUAAUGAAAGACAAGCAAUAUUAUACACAGAAUGGUUUAUUGCAUAUGUUGGAUCGGAACCGUCGGAUAAAACCCAAGCCGGAACGUUUUCAAUUGUCCAAGGAUAAGUUCGAUAUUCUAAUUACGUGCGAGGAACGUGUGUACGAUCAAGUGAUCGAAUGCAUGGAAUCUAGACCUAAAGAAGAUAAUCAACCUGUGCAUUUGAUCAAUAUUGAUAUUCAGGAUAAUCAUGAAGAGGCCACAGUAGGAUCGUUUCUUAUAUGCGAACUAGUGACAGUGUUGGCGAAUAGCGAAGACUUAGACAAUGAUAUAGAUGAACUACUCCAUGAAUUUGAAUCCAAGUUUGCAAGAACAAUAUUGCACACUGUGUUAUUUUACUGAAAAUCUGUUGUCGACACAGAAAUCAUCAGGAAUCUGGUGUUCAUCAAACUUGAAAUUUAUUUAUGACGGAGGUUAAAUUAUGUAUAAAUUUAGUGCACAUAUAUGCGUGUAUAUAUAUAUAUGUAUAUGUAUAUAUAUGUAUGCAUGUAUGUAUGUAUAUAUGUAUGUAUAUUCAUCCACCGAAUCGUGUGGACUGAAUCUUGACUCGAACGGAGAAAUCCGCUUGUGCUUCCUACUUGACGAUUAUUCCCAUGGAAUCUAACUACCACGGUCCACUGUUGAAGUUAAUAUUCUAAUUGAUUAUGAGAUUUACAUCCCAUUAUGAUUAAACGGAUCUAUAAAAUGGUAUCGAUCUUUAGCCGUAAAACUGAGAUAUUGGGAAUAAAAGAUAAAUGCAGAGGGUAUAAAAUAUAAAAUACCAUAUUUUAGCAUA